AUGUCAUCCUCCACUCCCGCAGUGGUCUCGGUGGACCCCAAUACUCUCAUCACCCUCAAGCUUCUCUACAACGACAAUAACCGUCGCUUCAAGGUCCCUCUGAAGGACCUCGGGGCUCGGGUUCUACCCCAGAAGCUCCGCCAACUUCUUGGCAUUCCCGCAGAUGUUAACGUCAUCUUUGAACGCUACUCCGACAGCGCCGGCUGUUACGUCCGUCUCGACGCCGACAACUCCGCUGUCUACAAACAACUCUAUCGCGCUGCCAAGGCCAAGUUGAAGCUUCGGAUUAGAGUCAUCCAGUUGAAUGAACAACCUACCCCCUCCCAGCCCGAAGAACUUCCGGAACCCCUCGUCCCCACGGAAAGGUGCAACUAUCUCGAGACCGUCUUGAGCUCUCCCCUUUCCACCGAUCAACCCAUGGUCGACGCUCCCAACCCCGCGCAUUGGUGCAAUCCGUCGACGUCCUAUCGGGAGUUCGUUCCCGACAACCUCACCACCCCAGUCGUCUCCCACACGUCGCCCACCGGCAUCUUCUGUAUCGACUGCAACCAGUGCGGUCGAUCGAUUCCCAACGAACACUAUCACUGCAGCAUCUGUGAGAACGGUGACUAUGACCUGUGUCUCCCUUGUGUUCAGUCCGGCGCUACGUGCUUGGAUGACGAGCACUGGUUAAUCAAGCGGGUCGUCACCGACGGCAUUGUUACCAACAGCACCACCGAAACGGUGGCUCCUCGCAAGGCCCGCGCCACGGAGCCUGAGCAGAAACAGACCGAUCUCAUUUCAGAGGUCCCGACUCCCGCUCCCAUGGCACCCCCGACGUCGCCAGCACCUUAUGUGGCCCGGGAGGCACCGGCACCAGCACCAGCACCAGCACCAGCACCAGCACCGGCCGACCCUACUGAGGAGAGAAUCUGCAAUGGCUGCCUCCGUGAAUAUGACGAAACCAAGAUGGUCACGUGUGUCGACUGCGAGGACUACGACCUUUGCACCACCUGCAUUCUCAACAACACCCACGGCCACCACCCCGCUCAUACAUUCACUCUGAUUCGAGACCAGGAGUUCUCUUUGAAGAGUCUGGUGUUGUCGCGUUGCAAGGCGGGCCGCAACAGACAGCACUCGGCAAUUUGUGACGGUUGUGAAAAGAUGCUGACUUCUCAGCGUAUCACCGGCGUACGUCACAAGUGUCUGUCCUGCCCCGACUGGGACUACUGUGCAGAGUGCCAUCAGAAGGCUGCGCAGACUCACCCCGGACAUCGGUUCGUCCCUCUGUAUGGCCCUAUUGCCGACCCGCCCCAGCACCGCGAGGUUCACGCCGGUAUCUACUGCGACGGUCCUCUCUGCAAAGACAAGCCGUUCCCCAGUUACAUCAUUGGCGUCCGCUACAAGUGCUCCAUCUGCUACGACACAGAUUUCUGCGCCAAGUGUGAGGCGCUUCCGACCAACUCGCACAGUCGUACGCAUCCGAUGAUCAUGCUCAAGACUCCGGUUCAAAAUGUGAGCGUCAGCACGAUCCAGGCGAACCCCGUGGGUGAUUCCAUCCGCUCGUUCGGUGAUCUGCCGGCGAAUCCCUCGCCGGUCCAACGCACUUCACCCGUGGAGUCGAGCAAGCCGUCGCCUCGGGUGAACUUGCCUAAACCUGUCGUCGAGUCUCCAGUGGUCGAGGCUACCGAGAAGCCCACCGCGCCGGCUCCAGAAUCGCCAAUGAAGGUCGCGGAGAAACCGGCCGAUACUACAGAUGCCAGUUAUCGUGCGCUCUUCGAGCGUGACACUGUCGCGGACGGUACGGCCAUGCCUCCCAACAAAGUGUUCGAACAGACCUGGACGCUCUACAAUCCUGGUCCGCUUGCCUGGCCCGCCGGCACUUUCGUCCGGUUCGUUGGCGGUGAUUCCAUGUUUAACGUGGAUACGAAUACUCCGCUUAGCCUCUCCUCGGUUAACUACGCGACCGAGAGCAACCAGCUCGCCGACCCGGUGCAGCCGGGCCAGCGCGCCAACUUCACGGUGGUCCUCAAAGCUCCGAGCCGCGUGGGCACCGCCAUCUCCUACUGGCGCCUGAAGCUGGCGGAUGGCACUCCGUUUGGUCACCGGUUGUGGUGUGAUAUCCGCGUCCGAGAAGACGUGCCGCCGGUUGAGGGUGAGUCGGAGAGAUCCGCCCCUGAGACUGAGACCACCGGCAGCCAGAUGAUCUUCCCGAAGCUGGAGAAGGAGUCCCCGGCUGCGAGCACCCACGAGGCAGCGACUACAGCGCCCGCCCCGUCCGUGACCAACUCGUCCGACCAGGAUAUUUUGGAAGACGUGGAGAGCCUGACGCUCGGAGACGAUGAUACCGAGGCCGGAUUCCUGACCGAUGAGGAAUACGAUAUCCUGGAUGCCAGUGACCAGGAAUACAUGGACGCCCGAUCUAAACAGUCCACCACUACUGAUAACAUGGGCGUCUUGAUGAAUCUCGCCCUCCUCGCCGUGCUGGUGGCCACUCUCUAUGGUCCGGUGUCGCGCGAGCUCACCGUCCUGGGCGUGUGGCGCAAGUCAGACGCAAUGGGAGUGAAGCAUUCGUUCCAGGAGAUCCCCGAUACCAUGCAAUGCGAGGACCUGCACUACCAUGAGGGGUCCGGGCAGAUCUUCACGGCAUGCGAGGAUUCAGUCCAGCCCCGGUUCAAAUGGUAUCCUGGGCUGGCUAAUCUCCAGGGACCGGCAACCUCGGCGGGAUCAAUUCAUGUCAUCAACCCGAAGACGAUGAAAUCGACGCGUUUGGCGUUUGAGAACUUCUCUGGGCCUUUUGUCACUCAUGGGAUCGAUAUCGUGGACGACCCAGAGCGCUCCGGCGCCCUCUACAUCUUCGCGGUCAACCACCUCUCCAACCCGGAGUAUUUCGACACAGCGACACCCAGCAUGGACAUAUCUAAGGCACGCUCGCAGAUCGAGCUCUUCCACCACGUCCUGGGGUCUUCCUCUGUCCGCCACAUCCGUUCCAUCUUCCACCCUCUCGUCGUCACUCCGAACGACCUGUACGCCGAGUCUCCGACCUCGGUCUACGUCACGAACGACCACUUCUACCGCGAGGGCCUCAAACGUGCCUUUGAGGACCUUGUUCCCGCCGCGCGCUGGUCCAAUAUCAUCCAUCUGCAGCUUGAUGGCGACAAGGUCCACGCUACCACCGCCCUGACCGGCCUGCACAACAACAACGGCCUGGGCCACGGCCAGUCCCCGGACGAGAUCCUCAUCUGCAGCGCCGUCGGCGGCACCAUGUACCGUGCGCGGCGUGUCCAGGACUCGGAUGCUCUCGAGGUCGUCGAUGAAUUCCGGUACGACAGCACCAUCGACAACCCGAGUUUCUACGCGGACCCGCAUGCCACCGAGGGUGAUGACGCCAGCGGCUAUGUCCAGGCAGGCCUGCGCCGCGCCAUCGACAUCACCCACACCCAUGCUGAUCCGCAGGGUCGGGACGGCGCCAUGGUGUGGUAUACACGGCGGGGACGGUCAGGCGAGUGGGAGACGAAGUUGUUGGUGGAGGAUGAUGGGACGAUGAUCCGGAGUGCCAGUUCCGCGGUGCUGGUGCCGGGGGAGAGCAAGGGGAAGGCGUUGCUAUUUGUGUCGGGAUUUGUGUCGGACAGUGCGAUUGCCAUGGAGGUCGAUUUGUAUUGA